AAGUUAAAAAGGAAGCCAGUAAUGAUAAUAUUAAUGUUUUGGGUCAAUGCCCGAGAACUUCGAUUUCCUUGAUACACAACCGGAUGUCGCCCGCUAUUAGUAUUAUCUAUCCCUAGCAGUAGAACGAGCAUGCUUUUCGGAAGUAUUAAAUGAAAUAGUUUUGCAGAACUCUAAUGUUCUUUCUAAUCACGAAUAACUGAUAACUUUGUUGUUGUUAUAUUCGAAUUGUUUUGACAGCUGUCGUUUGGUGUCCAGAAGAAAAUAUGAAAAACAAUUAGUAAAAGAUUGCAUGGAAUUUAGCGUUUUUUAUUUUCAAAUCAUUUAAUAAAAUCAUUAUUUCAUAUAAAAGCAAUGCGUAUUGUAAACUCAUGUAUAUUGGAGUUACGUGAGUAUAAAGGUAGAAGAAUUGUAUGCCAACUACAAUUUAAAGAGACAUCGGAUGAGAGUUUCGAAAUAGAGCGGGAUCAGGACUUUCACUGGUUGAAUAAAUCAGAUUGGAAAGCAAUUGACGUUCAGUUGAGUAAGACAGUGCAUAAACUGGAAAAGGGAGUACGUCGGGAGAAAUGUUUUCAGUUAAAUGAUGAAAUCGAUGUCGCGGUUUCCAUUUCCUCAAAAGGUGUGGGAAACCUUUUUAAAAUUUUAGGUGUGGAAUGUUUUGAAAAGAAAGAUUACAAUGUAUCCGUAAAUUGCGUAUUUAACAGACAUUCUGGAAGAAAAAGAAAGACUUCUUCUGCCGAUAUUUGCAAAGGCUCACCAAAUCUCCAGAAACGCGAUUUAAAUGGUUCUACAUCAUUCAUUGUUGCUGAACCCGUUGUAACAGUACAGAAAAAAAUGUCUUCAACAUCUAGUAGCAAAGUUGGUGAACUCAAUAAUAGUGCAAGAAAAUUAAAUAAAUUGAAGAGUCCUAAGCCCAGCUCGGAUGUACUACACAGUUCCUUUGAAGUAAAGAAAACUACUAAAACCAAACAAGUAGAUAUUGACGAUCGUUCAGUACUGGGUGUAAAGAAAACGUGUUCAAAUAUUCAAGUUCAUAGUACAAAUGGAAACCAAAAUGUUGAAUAUUUACACAACAAGAGAUACAAGGAAAAGUCUAAGGAGCAUAUACCAGUUAAUAAACGAGUUUCGCAAGAUGAUCAAAUUGAUUUGCAAAAAGAUGUAACAACACCGCAAAUAUUGAAAGAAUGUGAUACAAAAAGAAAGAAGCUUCGUUCCAAGUGUAUGUCGGCAAAACGAGAAGAACAUAGUAGUGCAGUCACCGACAUAUAUAAGGAAUUAUUCGAUUCUGCUGAUGAUUUUACUGAUGAAAAUGAGACAAAGAGUAAAUGGUUGUCUAAGAAGCAACCUGAAAAUGUUUCAUCCAAAAAGAAAUCAAAAUUAACUAUAUCUUCAAGGGUAAAAUCGCCCAGAGGGUGUGAAAGUAUAGGUUCUAAAGAUAUAGAGUCCCAUCACGGGCAAAAGGAACAAAUAAAAGCCAACAAAAGAAUUGAAUCGUUUUUGGAACGAAUAACACAGGUGCCAGAGAAGGUGAAAAUUUUAACUCUCAACAAUAUGGACAGUGACGAAAUUAUAAAUACUUUUCCGAAAUAUAAAAGGCAACUUGAUGCUAUCUUUAGUGAACUACGAUCGAAAUCAAAAGUAACAGGUUACAAUGGAAUUAAUCACUAUUCAGUUAUUGAACUAAUAGAUAAUGAAAAGCAGCUGAAAAUGAUGCACAAACUCGGAGAAGUAUACGAAAAGGACGGGGAUGGUGUAUCAUUGUAUCCAAUGCUUUUCGCAAAUGCCUUAAUGCCCGAGUGGUUAGUACAUGUAUUUAAGGACAAGUAUCGUUUUUCCUACAGUGAAGCUGUGAAUCAUUUAAAUAAACAGCAACUGUACAUGCAAUACUUGGAUACAGAGGAUCACUAUUAGAAAAUAUGCUAUUUUUGGUUUGCUAUUUAGUAAGUUAAAGUAUAUUUAGUAUAUCUGCAGCUUCUUUAUAUGCGAUAACAUUAAGAAUAGAGACAAAAAAUCUACAAGAUGAGCAUAUCAUUUGUCCACAAAUAAUUAAAACUAAGUGCAUUAAACUACAAACUUCGAAAA